GAAUGUGACACCUCAUGCCUUAAACCAAUUGGGAGGAGACAGACAGAGAGAAGCUUCUUGGGAUUUUUUUACUAUUCAGUCUUACAAAGGAUGACGCUGAUUGAGGAAAAGUCAACUCCAGCCCACCAAUAAACAACCAACCUUUCUUUGACUUUUGUUUCUUACUUUUCCAAUUAUUUCGUUUCCUUUGACGCAAGCCCCCCACGCCCACCCCCGGAGAGUACAUGAUGGAUGCGGAGUCGCGUCACCGCCAUCGGCCCUCCCCUGACGGCGGCGCUGCUGCCGGUGGGCCGGAGCUGGUCAGGACAUACAAGACCUGGAAAGGCAGCAACAUAUUUUUGCUUGGUGGAAGGCUUAUAUUUGGACCCGAUGUCAGAUCUCUUCCGUUAACAGUAUUCCUACUUACAGUGCCUGUUGCAGUUUUCUGCGUCUUCGUAGGAAGGAAACUCAUUGAUCACUUGGGAAUUUCAGUAAUUGUUGCCGCUUCUCUAUGGACGCUACUUGUUUUGGUUUUUCUUAUGCUAACCUCAGGAAGAGAUCCUGGUAUAGUACCUCGUAAUCUUUGCCCUCCAGAGCCAGAGGAUUAUGAUGCGAGUAUGGAGAGUGGGUCAAGCGAAUCACAACAGCCACGUUUUCCACGCACGAGGGAAGUAGUUAUCAAUGGUAUUACUGUGAAGAUCAAAUACUGUGACACCUGCAUGCUUUACAGACCUCCUCGUUGUUCUCACUGUUCCAUAUGCAAUAACUGCGUGCAGCGAUUCGACCAUCACUGCCCUUGGGUUGGCCAAUGUAUUGGAUUGCGGAACUACAGGUUCUUCUUCAUGUUCGUGUCGUCUGCAACUCUUCUUUGCUUAUAUGUACAGGGGUUUUGCUGGGUCUACGUUGUGAGGAUCAUGCACGGCGAGGAUAUAUCAAUUUGGAAAGCGCUAGUAAAGACUCCUGCCUCCAUUGCGCUCAUUAUUUACAGUUUCAUUGCCUUUUGGUUUGUCGGCGGUCUUACUGUGUUCCACUCAUACCUCAUCAGUAUGAACCAGUCUACUUAUGAAAACUUUAGAUACCGGUAUGAUGGACGAGAGAACCCAUUCAACAAAGGCACAAUUAAGAACUUCAUGGAGGUAUUCUGCACUAGUAUUUCUCCAUCCAAGAACAAUUUCAGGGAAAAAGUUCCAAAAGAUCCUGUUCUUCCUGCACCAGUCGGUGCCAACUUUGUUAGUCCUGUCAUGGGGAGAGCCAUGAGUGACAUAGAAAUGGGGAGGAAACCAUUCUGGAAUGACGCUUCAGGAGAGGUGGGCGAUUAUGAAGGGCAAUUUAGCAACGAUGGAGUAAACAAGGACCCCCGAGUGAGUGAGGCUGAUAGGUCCCAAGAUUUAAGCAGGAGUCUCCGAACAGAGAGCACAGAGAGACAUGUUGCCUCGCAUCCAAGACGUUCUAGUUGGGGAAGGAGGAGUGGAAGUAUAGAUAUAGCACCUGAAGUUCUUGCUUUUGCUGCUGGAGUUGGGGAUUCAAAACGGGUCACUGAUGGAAAUGGUAUCAACGGCGACACCAGAAAUUAGACAAUCUCGUACAAGUAUGUAGAUACUUGAUGAACAGGAAGACGAUUAUACUAAAGAAAACAAUAUAAAGAAAGGCUGCGCGAGCUUUUGAAAUGUUAAGCUGUGUUAUAUUGUCUGUAUGUAAGUUGAAGUUUGAAAGAACAGCUCUCUCAAGCAGUUAAUUCUUUCCAAUGUGCGCAACGCCAUCAUGAGUUUUAUCUUUUUUUUUCUUUUGACCACAUCUGUAAUUUAACCACCACAGUUUUCCUGGUAUAAAUGUGGAAGCAAUUUUUCGCGUA